AUGGUCUUCCCCUCCUCGGAUGUACCUCCACUUGGUUCUUGCUUGACAUUGCCUUCUACAGCCAAAACUUGUUCCAGAAGGAUAUCUUUUCGGCUAUUGGAUGGAUCCCAAAGGCAGCACCAUGAAUGCAUCCAUGAGGUUUACAAGAUUGGUAGGGCACAAACUCUCAUUGCGCUCUGUAGUACCGUCCCUGGUUACUGGUUCACAGUUGCAUUUAUUGAUAUCAUGGGAAGAUUUGCGAUCCAGCUCAUGGGAUUCUUCAUGAUGACCGUGUUCAUGUUUGCCAUUGCCUUCCCUUACAACCACUGGAUCAAACCGGACAACCGUAUUGGAUUUGUGGUUAUGCUAAGGUCCACAUGCCACGGAAUAUCAGCCGCAACAGGUAAGGCUGGAGCCAUCGUGGGAGCUUUUGGGUUCCUAUACGCAGCUCAGCCACAAGACAAGACCAAGACGGACGCAGGAUAUCCACCGGGCAUCGGAGUCAAGAACUCUUUGAUCAUGCUUGGUGUCAUUAACUUCAUCGGUAUGCUCUUUACCUUCCUUGUUCCCGAGCCCAAAGGAAAGUCUCUUGAAGAACUCUCCGGCGAGACUGAGGCUGAGAAAUGA